AUGGCGACUUUAACGCCAGGUGGCACGUUUUCAGCAGCUGCGAGUGCCACGUCAGCGCGCGUGGUGGUGGGAAUCGAGGGCAUGACGUGUUCGGCGUGUUCGACCGCCGUGGAAACCGCUCUCUCGAGAUUGCCGGGAGUCGCGACCGCUGCCGUCGCGCUGCUGCAGAACCAAGCGCAAAUCACGUUCGACCCCGCUAUAGUCAACGAGAACGAGAUAGUCACCGCCGUAGAAGACGCCGGGUUCGACGCGAAAAUAAUAUCCCUGUCACGACCAUCCGCCCGUGCCUUCCCCGCUGCAGCUAACCCAGUUGGCGUUACCUGUGCUUCGUUGGUUGACCCUACCUCAUCGUGUGGCGUAGCAGCGGCAGUAUCAGCGGCGGCGACGGAUUCGGCGCCAUCUGCGACGACGGCGCCUUCCACGUCGGCAGCCUCCGUCCCUGCCACGUCAGCGCGCGUGGUGGUGGGAAUCGAGGGCAUGACGUGUUCGGCAUGUUCGACCGCCGUGGAAACCGCUCUCUCGAGAUUGCCGGGAGUGACGACCGCCGCAGUCGCGCUGUUGCAGAACCAAGCUCAGAUCACGUUCGACCCCGCUAUCGUCAACGAGAACGAGAUAGUCACCGCCGUAGAAGACGCCGGGUUCGACGCUAGAAUCAUCUCCCUCUCGCGACCGUCACAACCCUCGCGGCCGGCAGGAAACGGGCUUUUUUUGUCCAACGCUCAUGCUGAUCCGGUUCUGCUUCCGGAGAAUGCGGUCUCGAACUUGGUCUCGAGUGCGGUCACCCCGUCUAAUCCCCUUCUUGCCUCCUCGCAACCCUUUGAUAUUUCGCAAUCCGGACAGCCGCUAUUCGCAGCAGCAGCAGCAGCAGCAGCAGCAGCAGCAGCGGCACCGGCAACGGGUCCGUCGCAAAAUGCAGCAUUUUCCGGUCCGCAUUCGCCGGGCGUUGUGACAGUGCGAGUGCGAAUAACCGGCAUGACCUGCGCCGCGUGCGUUACGGCGGUUACCACCGCCGUCCAAUCCGCGAACGGCGUGCGACGCGUCUCCGUCGCCCUCGCCACCGAGACCGCGGAAAUCGCGUUCGACUCCGCGAUUCUCGGCGUGAGAGACGCGCUGCGAUUGGUGGAAGACGCCGGGUUCGACGCCGCGAUUCUCGGCACGGAUAGCGGGAGCGACAGGCUGAGCGUGACUGUAACGGGGAUGGGUGGCAGGGAUGACGUGGCAGCUACGGUCGAAGUAGCGGUAUUAUCAUUGGCGGGAGUUAGGGAGGUCAGUGUAGAUUCUAGGAGCGGAUGGGUGGAGGUAGAAUACGACCCGGAAAUCACGGGGAUUAGGGACGUGGUGGGAGCUAUAGAGGCGAUUAGUCUGGUGGGGUUGGGGUUGGGUGGGGAGGAGGAAGGGGAGGAGGAGGAUGAUUGGUUGGCGGAAGAUGGGGAGGAGGGGAAGGGGGAGGAGGAAGGUGGUGAGAGGAGACAUGGGAAAGGGAGUGAGGGAGAUGAAGAGGGAGGGAUGGAGGAGGGAGGGGAGGAGGAAGGAGGGGAGGAAGAGGAGAGGGCGAAGCUAGUUGGGCGAGGGAAGAAGAGGGGCCCGUGGGCGGAACGGGCCCAUGCACUCCUGAAGCUAGUGUCAAGAACUGUUAAAACGGGGACAGCGAGGAACGGGGACCGGAGGAAGGAGGGGGGAGAAGAAGGGUUGGGGAGCGAUGGGCCCGCAGAGAAGGUCAGCAGGGGACGAGAAGACAGGAUGGAGGAGCGGAGGGCAGAGGGGAGAGGAGGAAAGAAAGCUCACUCCCAUGGGCUACGCGUUGCCCUGCCUAGCAUGCUCGGCUCCUACCGCCCCGAUCGCUCCUCCGAACUCCACUCCCUCACGCGCCAGUUCUCCCUCUCGCUCCUCUUCGCUGUCCCCCUCUUUCUCCUCAACCUCGCCUCCCACUCCCGCCUCCUCUCCCGCCUCCUCUCCCUCCCCUUCCUCCACGUCACGCUCAUCCAAUGGCUGAAGCUGCUCCUCGCGACCCCCGUGCAGUUCCAUCUGGGCCGUCGAUUCUACAUCGCAGGGUUCAGAUCGCUCCGCCACGGCAGCGCGAAUAUGGACGUGCUGGUCGCCCUCGGGACCUCCGCGGCCUAUGGCUACUCUCUGCUGACCCUCGCGGUGCAGAUCGGUUCUGGGCGGUACCUGGGCCACGAUUUCUUCGAAACGUCUGUGAUGCUGAUAGUGUUUAUUCUAGGGGGAAAGUAUCUCGAGGCCGUGGCGAAGGGGAAAACGUCUGAAGCGAUCCAGAAGCUGCUGCAGCUGGCGCCAGCAACGGCCGUGCUGGUGGACGUGAAUGCAGACGGCAAAGUGGUGGCAGAGAGAGAAGUUGACUCGCGGCUGCUGCAGAGAGGGGAUGUGCUGCGAGUGCUGCCCGGGGCGAGGGUGCCAACAGACGGUGUGAUUGUAACGGGCACCACCCACGUGAACGAGGCCAUGCUCACGGGGGAGUCAGCACCAGUGGCCAAGGGGCCGGGGUCGCGUCUUCUGGGCGGCACUGUCAACCUGUCGGCUGGCGUGCUGCUGCGAGCGACACAGGUGGGCAGCGAGACAGCUCUGGCGCAGAUAGUGGCGCUGGUGGAAUCGGCGCAGCUCAGCAAGGCGCCCAUCCAGAACGAAACGGCUCUGGCGCAGAUAGUGGCACUGAUGGAGUCGGUGCAGCUCAGCAAGGCGCCCAUUCAGAAGCCCGCCCUCUCUCCCGCCUCCCUCCGCGUCCCUGUCUUGCCUUACCUUCUGUCCCCACAUGCGCGGUUUAACAGCGAAACCGCUCUGGCGCAGAUAGUGGCCCUUGUCGAGUCAGCACAGCUCAGCAAGGCGCCCAUUCAGAAGUUUGCCGACCGUGUUGCAGCGGUGUUUGUGCCCGUGGUGGUGGUUCUUUCAGCGUGCACGUGGCUUUGCUGGUUCAUGGCUGGGAGCAUGGGGUGCAUUUCAUCCGCCAUGCUUCCUCCGGGGGUAGACUCGCAGUUCACCCUCCCGCUCCUCUUCGCUAUCGCCGUACUCGUUAUAGCGUGCCCCUGCGCCCUCGGAUUAGCCACGCCCACGGCAGUCAUGGUCGCAACAGGCGUGGGCGCGGCACAGGGUGUGCUUAUAAAGGGGGGAGAGGCGCUAGAAGCAGCACAUAAAGUCACAUGCGUGGCCUUUGAUAAGACGGGGACGCUGACGGUGGGGAAACCGAGGGUGGUGGCAGUGGUGCCUUAUGUUGGUGAUACCGAGUGUUCUACUAACGAGGAGUGUGAUAAUGAGGCCAUAUCUCAAUCCGAUCUGCUUUCCCUAGCAGCGGCAGCCGAGGCAAAUUCCGAGCACCCGCUCGGGCGGGCGAUUUUGGACUAUGCGCAGCACUAUUUUGUCUUUUCCGGGGAAGGUUUCGCCGGGGACGAGACUACGACUCCUUUCUCCUCCUCCCCCUCCUCCUCCUGCUCCUCUCUCUCCCCUUCUGCUGCGUCGUCUCUCAAACCCUCCAAGGAUAUGAGCUGGAUGAAAGAAGCAACAGAGUGUGAGGUGCUGGCAGGGAUGGGGAUCCGCUGCAGGGUGGACGGUCAGGUGGUUCUGGUGGGCAGCCGGCACCUGAUGGAACACCUGGGCGUUCAGGUGCCUGCUCAGGUGGAUCUUCUGUUGCAGGCGCAGGAGGAGGAGGCGCGGACAGGUGUCAUUGUGGCAGUGGGCGGCAGGCGGGAGCGGGGCGAGGCGGAGGGGAGUGGGAGGGAGGAGGGGAGUGGAGGGAGGGAGGAGAGAGUGAGGGUGGUGGGGAGUGUGGUGAUCAGUGAUCCAGUGAGGAGGGAGGCUGCAGUGGUGGUGGAGGGGUUGAGGCGCAUGGGGGUUCGCACGGUGAUGAUGACAGGGGACAACCGCCGCACUGCCCACGCCGUUGCUAGACAGGUGAGAGGGGCACACAGGUGUGGGCAGGUAAGACACUGUUCUUGUGCAGCAGUGGUGGUGGAGGGGUUGAGGCGCAUGGGGGUGCGCGCUGUGAUGAUGACAGGGGACAACCGCCGCACUGCCCACGCCGUUGCUAGACAGGUGAGGGACGCACAGGUCACUGCAGAGGUGCUACUGCCCCUCCCUUGCUCUUUCCCUGUAGCAACAGCUUUUCUUUCCCGGCCCGUCCUUGACCCUCGUCCCUCCCCUCCCCACCCACCAGUUGGGCAUCCACGAGGUGAUAGCAAGAGGUGCUGCCGGCCCACAAGGCAGCCGCCAUCCGUUCCCACACCUCUCCCGGUUCCCCCUCCCCUCUCCCACCCAUCUCUCCUCACCCACUCCAGCUGGGCAUCCACGAGUCGGAGUGAGAGCAAGACAGUGGUAGCGAUGGUGGGGGAUGGCAUCAACGACGCACCGGCUCUGGCUGCAGCAGACGUGGGCAUCGCUAUUGGUGCCGGCACGGACGUUGCUAUUGAGGCGGCGGAUUUUGUCCUCAUGCGGUCAAAUUUGGAAGAUGUGAUUACUGCGCUGGAUCUCGCGAGGAAGACGUUUUCGAGGAUCAGAUGGAAUUAUGUUUUCGCGAUGGGGUAUAAUAUCUUGUUGAUUCCUUUGGCGGCGGGGGUGCUGUAUCCGGUGUUUAUGGUGCGGCUGCCGCCCUGGCUUGCCGGCGCAAUGAUGGCGCUUUCGUCUGUUAGCGUGGUGUGCUCGUCUCUUAUGCUGCGGAUGUACCGCCGCCCGAAGCUGCCGGAGCUGCUGUUUGGGAAGAUGAAGAAAGCUGGGAGCUUCUGA